GAUGAUUGAAUUCAGGGCAAUUUACAAACCAUUUUCGUCAAUAUUGAAUUUUUCUGGGUGGAAGUUUCUUACGUUGUUGGCAGGAAUAAAAAGUUAGCUCCCGUUCGAUACCAGGAAGGUCGUCUCCACAGUUUGAUUCAUCCGUAAUUCACUACCUUUUCUCUUGUUGGUCUCUAGGUCGCUUCACUUGUGCUGAUACUGAAGGUAGUAUUAUUGAACAUAUCUCUGAGAAGAUAAAGAUUUGAAUUAUACUUGCAUGGCUUCUAGGAGGAACACUCAAUACACUCGUCUACCUACCUAUGAUGAUGAGGAUGAUGAUUAUGAUGGCAGUGGGAGAAGGCGGAAUGACCCUCGAUAUGAUUUUUCACCAAAAUCUUAUGAUAAAAUCCCUUGGAAAUCCAUUACCUUGGCAGUAUUUUUGCUGUUUCUGGGCUGUCUGCUUCUCUUGUUAUCGUUCUUCAUCUUCACAGGUCACAUGGGAGGAGAUACUUCCCAAGCAUAUGGUCUUCUAGGACUUGGACUCCUUACUUUCCUUCCUGGUUUUUAUGAGACAAGAAUUGCAUAUUACGCCUGGAGGGGUGCUCAAGGUUAUCGAUUUGGCUCAAUCCCUGAUUACUGAGGAACCUGUUUUCAUUUACAUCCCAUUGUGCUUGUGCCUAUAUAGCGUCACCUUUUCUUUUUGGGUUGUUAUUUCUCCAUGUGAUGUAAAACAAGCUCAUGUAAACUCACAAAGUGACUUCACUGUAUUCCUCUGCUUGAAGUAUUGAUGUUGCACAGAUAAGGGAAAGAUCUGCAGCUUUGAACUGAGUGUCAGUGUUCGUAGCAUUACAGUUACUCUUGAUAUCUUUGGAUCAAUCAGGAGAUUAUAUGUUAAAUGACUGGAUUCUUUUGCCUA